AUGUCUUCAAUUGCAGCUUAUUACAAUGGAAAGACCGUACUCAUCACAGGAGCCACGGGUUUUAUGGGCAAAGUACUGAUGGAAAAGCUACUGCGCUCCAGCCCUGAUGUGGAAGCUGUUUAUAUCCUCGUGAGGCCAAAGGCAGGACAAUCAAUGCAGGAGAGAGUGGCAAACAUGGUGAAAUCCAAGGUCUUUGACAGAGUCCGGGAAGAUUGCCCUAACUUCCAGGAGAAGAUUAAGCCUAUUAAUGCAGAACUCACUCAGCCAAAUCUGGCCAUCAGCGCCAAGGAUUCGCAGGAGCUCCUGUCCCAGGUCAAUGUUGUCUUCCACUGUGCAGCAACAGUUCGCUUUGAUGAGCCACUAAAACAUGCCUUGCUGCUGAAUGUCAUGGGCACACAACAGCUCUUACUGCUGGCCCGGCAGAUGCAGAAGCUCGAGGCCUUUAUCCACAUCUCCACUGCCUAUGCAAAUUGUAAUCGGAGAAAUAUAGAUGAAGUCAUCUACCCACCACCUGUUGAGACCAAGAAGCUCUGCGACUUAGUGGAGUGGCUGGAUGAAUCUAUCAUUCAAGAAAUCACACCCAAGCUGAUUGGGGACUGGCCCAACACGUAUACAUACACCAAAGCCUUGGCAGAGUACCUGGUCCAGCAAGAGAAAGAGCACUUCAACGUUGCCAUCAUCAGGCCAUCCAUCGUGGGAGCCAGCUGGCAUGAGCCUUUCCCAGGUUGGAUUGACAACUUCAAUGGAGCAAGUGGAAUGAUUAUUGCGGCUGGUAAAGGGAUUCUGCAAACUCUCAAAGUCAAUAAUGAUGCAGUAGCAGAUCUAAUUCCAGUAGAUGUCGUCAUCAACCUCAUCCUAGCAGCUGGGUGGUACACUGCAGUUCACAGACCAAAAACAAUGAUGGUGUACAACUGUACAACAGGUGGAAUCAACCCUUUCUGCUGGGGAGAGAUAGGAUACCAUGUCAUAUCCACAUUCAAAAGGAACCCCCUUGAGCAGGCCUUCAGAAUACCCAGGGCUCAGACGACCUCAAACCACCUGAUAAACCAGUACUGGAUAACUGUCAGUCAUAAGGCUCCAGCCAUGCUCUAUGACUUCUACUUGAGGUUAACAGGAAGAAAGCCCAGGAUGAUGAAGAUCUUCAAUCGGCUGCACAAGUCUAUGAUGCUUCUGGAAUAUUUCACCUGUCAGUCCUGGGAGUGGUCUUCAGAAAAUAUGAACAUGUUAAUGACCCAGCUCAGUCCAGAGGACAGGAGAUUAUUCAACUUCGAUGUGCGUCAGCUGCAUUGGUCGGAAUACAUUGAAAAUUACUGCAUAGGAGCGAAGAAAUAUUUGCUGAAUGAGGACAUGUCUGGGAUUCCUGCUGCAAAGCAGCACUUACGAAAGCUAAGGAACAUCCAGUAUGCAUUCAACACCACCCUCCUUGUGAUCAUCUGGCGCAUUUUCAUUGCAAGGUCGCAGAUGGCUCGCAACAUCUGGUACUUUGUUGUGAGCCUUUGCUAUAAGUUCCUUUCCUAUUUCAGAGCAUCAAGUACCCUCAGGCACUGA